CUUGUUAUUUACCAAAAAUAAGUUAAUCAAAAAAUCCAUGUUUCUGUGAUAGAUGCCAAAAGUGGUGACAUGUCAUGAAUCAUAUUUAUUUUCUGCAGUAAGCUAGCAUUGAGAAAUUGCUAUUGAUCUUGGGAGCACAUGUUGCAUUGGGACUAUCGAAUUUUGACAAAAAUUGAAAAAAAUGGCAAAGGAAAUUCUGCGGUGACAUUGGUGUAUUACAAUGCUACAGACAACAUGGAUAGCUUUAAUUCUGGGUUUCUGGUCUUCUCUCUAUCUCUUGGAUGCUUAUUUAAAGAGUCACAAGGCGUACGGUAGACAGUACAUCAAGUUUCUAGACAGGACAGGAUGUUCGGUGUCCAUAUGUCAGUUCCGCUGGUACUCCACCCUCUUCAAUCGGAGUUUUGUUCGGCUGGGUCAGUGGAGACCCCGUUUACUGCGCCUGUGGUUCACCAUUGGUGUCCUCUUUGGUCUUGUGGCCAUGUUGCUGUCUGUUUGUCUCCUGACUCUUCUUGUCAUCAACACGUUACGUAAGCAACCAGUGGAACAGCAAGUACUCACACCAGUGAUGCCUGGGGUGAACCUACCAGCCAGUCAGCUGUCAUAUUACCUCCUCACCCUCCUUGUCUGUGGAAUUCUUCAUGAAAUGGGGCAUGCUGUGGCUGCAGUCAGAGAAAAUGUGAGAGUGAAUGGUUUUGGCUUGUUUCUGCUGAUUGUGUACCCCGGGGCUUAUGUUGAUCUGUCGACAGAGCACCUGCAGAUUGUCUCCCCUUUAAGACAACUAAGGAUUUACUGUGCUGGUGUCUGGCACAACUUCAUCAUUGUCAUCUUUGCAUUGAUUGUUAUAUUUCUUCUGCCUGUCCUCCUCGUGCCAUUCUACUCCAUAGGGAGUGCAGUAGUUAUCACACAAGUGUCUGAGAAUUCUGCCGUGUCUGGACCGCGGGGGUUGGCGGUCGGAGACCCAGUGACCAGUAUCAGUGGCUGUAGGGUGACGGACAUUGACGACUGGCACGCCUGUGUAUCCCACAGCAUCAAGGAGCAGUCCAUGGGUCACUGCCUGUCCAGGGAGAAAAUAGCAGAACUGGACACAACUCCUAAAAAUCUGUCAGAAGCUGCCAUGGCCAUAGACUGUUGUAAUAGCACCAGCAGCACACACCUCUGUUUCAAGUAUCAUAUCAAAAGCAAGUCCAAAGAUAAAUAUGCCUGUCUUCCUGCAAGACUGACCACAGACCGCCCUAUGUGUAAAUACCAGAGUGACUGUUACAUUCCAAAGGCUGAUAUGGCAUGUGUGUACCCAGCCCUAGACAAUGUGACCAAACUACUUCAAGUGUUCCAUGGAAGAAAACCACCUCUGUUGUUCUUAGGGCAUCCCCUGGAUUUACAUUACUCAGUGAUGCUGAGUAACUAUGUUCCAAAAUCUUCCAUUAUUCCACUCAAUCUACCCUACGUGUUGGAGACAUUCAGCAAAUAUUUGAUUUCUCUAUCGGGGGCCCUGGUCAUCUUGAACGUGGUGCCCUGCUACGCCCUGGAUGGUCAGUGGAUCUGCCACGCCUUUAUUGAGCUGACCCUGGCGUCUGUCAUCCCUGACCGUGAGAUACGGGGACUGAUAUAUUCUGUGAUAAUCCUGUAUGGAACUGCUUUACUCUUAGUUAACGUCAUCAUAGCCAUGUGGAUGUUAUUUAUGUGAGAGUGAGAUUAAGGGGAAUAAAUGUGGCAAAUGUUCAUUCAAUUUGUUUAUUGAAUUACUAGUAAAAAAAUGAACCAUGCUUACAUGGAUGAGUGAUGAACUUUUAUAGAUAGUGUGAUAUUAGUCUCAUUUUAUUUUGUCAAACACUUGUAAGAUAACUUUGAAUUGCUGCCAUUUUGUUGAGUGAUUGUUGACUGAGUGGGUAUUUCAUUUGAUGAUCAUUUCCAAGUAUGAGAGAUGUUGAAAAAUUGAGAUUCUUUAGUAGACAAGGAUUGGUAUCCCUGUACGACUGUAUGAUAUUUAUAUAUGUAUAGGGACAAUGUCUGAGUAUGGUUCCAGGGUAGAAAUGACACAUAUCACCUGUUGUCUCUGCUUGGUGAGUUAUUACACCAUUUGGUUGAUGUCUUCAAAGAAGACGUUUUUUUUUUUAAAAUUCAUCGAUCUCAUCCGAGUGCAAUGUAGGUAAAAGUAAAUCAUAACUGUAGUUCCUGUACAUGACAUCAAACGAUUCGGAAGACAUGAGUUAUCAAGAUUUAAGUUGAAUGAGAAUUAUCUAAAUGAUGGUGUUCAUUAGGAGAUGGCAAGUAUUGACUGUAUUGGUAGAAGGAUACAUUAAACUUGUGCUAGCAGCAGUCUUGAUUAUUGUAUACAGGUUUAAAUUUAUAAGCAUGUCUUUUAUUCAGUUUAGUCAUUAACAUCCAUCAAUUUUCAUGCACAGAAUGACAUCACUAGUGUUGCAAUGUUUUAUAUAUGUAUGUAUAUUUUUCCAUGUUUAUGUGUGAUAUAUGUAACAUGUGCUACUAAUGUAUACAAAUACCUUAUAACGGGAAUAUUUAGCGGCCAUCUCAUUUUGGCAUUAUUUGCAAUGAUCUUGAUAAUGCUAAGAAUAAAAGUCGACAAUAAUGCAAUCACAAAUAUUGUCAUAGUAAAUAAAUAGAUUUAUCCAAAAAAUCGCUACAAAUAAAUAACAUGAACAAUAAAUAUAAACUUUUAGGACAAAAUUGCUAAAUUUGCCAGUCGCUAAAAUAACCCAUUAUACCGUAUUGUAUUAUAUACUGGACCAAGGAGAAUCUCUGAUAUUCCAUUUAUUAAUCACUGGUCUGCUAUGUUUUAAAAAUUCAACAAAUAUCUAUUUUUAAGGUAUUUAAAGUUAACUGCAUACUUAUUCAUCAAUUGCAACUGUGAUAUUAAAGCAUUUAAAUCAGUUUUGUACACCAGUGUACCAUUCACAUAAAUAAUCGGAUAGCUUGGGUGGUAUGGCACCCAUUUUCUAGAUGUUUUGGAAUAAUACUUUUUUUUUAUAUUGAAGAGAAUUUAGGAAAACCUGAUUUAAAGAUAUACAAAGCAGAACAAGUCCAAAAUUUGACAAAUUUGAAUUUGACAGUUCAAAAUCUGACUUCAUUUGUAAUCCUGAAUUUUUUUUUUCAACCAUUAAGGGUUAAGUUGUAUGUAUCAGUUUGAGAAGUGUGAAUAUGUUGCAAAAUUUGAAAACCAUUAUCAAAUGCAGCAUUGUUGCCAAAGUCCAAUUUUCCUUGGACUGGAAGUCUGUUCACUUGUAUUAAAAAAAAGGUCUCUUGUCUGUCUGAUAUCAUCUAUUGUAGAGACUAUCUAAAUAUUUGCUGGGUAAAUUAGAAAUUAUUGUUUUUUUGGACCUACAUAUAUAUUUAAUUUGAAAUUUUAAAAUGAUUAUUUUUAUCUACAGUGGGCAGUCAAGUAAAAAAUAUGGGCAAUAUUGCUAAACAGAAAUUAUAUUACGAGAAUAAUGCAAGUAAAAUAUAACAUUGUAGUCAUUAUUAUUAUUAUAAAGAUGAUAAUUAUUAAGAAGGAUUCAAUAAUUUGCUCAGGGAAGGAAUGUCUUUGGCAUAGCAGGUCAUUUGUCUCUAAAAACAAGUGGUGAUAAAAUAUACCUCAUAGGUGAAAUACAAUGUAGUUUACAUAAUUUUCAAUUCAGAACUCUGAAUUGUUACUUCAAUUCCCUUCAAGUUUGAAUUACUUUGUUUUACAACUUUUGUAAGUUCUUUAUUGAUUCCCAAUGAAAUAAUUUAUUGAGAAAACUCAAACUAGUAUGAUAUUUAUCACUGUAUAUUUACAUUUCCAAAUAUUUUUCCUUAAGAUUCUUUGCAAAUUAGUAAAGGUCCACAUUCUCAUGAACUACCUUGGGAUAAGAAUAUUUCCAUUGUGACGUAAUUGAAGUAAAAAAAAAAUAGUGCAUACUUAAAGAAAAAGAUCACUGAAUGACAAAAAUAUGUGGCAUGUCAUCAGAAGAAUAAUGGAAAUAUAAGAUAUGAAUUUAAUUUUUGAGAAUUCAUGAGGUACAUGAACUACAACGCUUCACGCCUGCAUAUUUAUCAUGAAGGGCUA